UAAAAGAGUCUUUCAAGUAAUCUUCUUGUUUGAUUGAAACACUUCCCCACAAUUUCCACAAAACCAAAUACACAAAAUAGCCAUCUUAGAUGUUACAUAUCUAUAUGUAUAUAUAAAGUAUAGAUUAAUUAUAACAAAAAUACAUAAAAACAAAUGGGAUUUUCAGAAUCAGAUUCAUCAGAGUGUAGAAGACAUCUAAAUCAAAGACAAAUUCCAGGAGUUUGUUCAUCAUGUUUAAGGGAAAAGCUAACAAAGCUAAGCACAUCUCCUUCUUUCAAUAGAAGUUCUACUUUUAUUUCUUAUACUUCUUCUUUAUCUUCUUCUCCUCCUUAUUCAACUGCUUCAUCUUCUUCAACCACCACUACCACCCGAACCCGGAAAUCUUCGGGUCCACGUCAUCGGAGAAACGGGUCGGAGGCGUAUGUAUCAGUUGGGAUGGUGUUGAAUAAUGGGUUGAAAAAGAGUAGGUCUGUGAGUUGUGCUCCACUUUCUAAAAAUAGAAACUUUGAUUGUGUUAGUGAUGAAAAGGGUAUUAUUGGUAAGAAUAAGAAUAAGAAUUUGAAUUUUGUGGAUGGUCAUGGUGGGAAGAUUUUAGAAGAUGGGGAUAUGAAAAAGAAAGGUGGGUUUUUGAAGAAAUUGAUUCAUUCUACAAGUAGGAAGACUAAAGGGGUUUUAACGCAUUCCAAGACCCUCAAAGAAACCCAAACUUCUCAUAAUAUGAUUACUAAAAUUACAAAGACUAAGAAUUAGGUAUUCACAUCAUAUCAUAGGAGUUAUGAUCAACAUUUAAUAAGAGAUAUAUGAAAGACGACAGUAAAUUAUAUAUACUUCUUAAGAAGGUUGCGGUUAAAAACCCUCAAUCAAGAAUCAGGUAUUGUGAUCAUUAUCAUUAUAUCGGAUGUACCUUAUUCAUAAAAGUUAUGAUCAGGAUUUAAAGAUGAAUAUAAGACGACAAAUCAUAUAUAACAAAUAGGUAUUUUGAUUCCUAUUAAUAUUGUUUCUUUUGGUUUAUUACUUUGAUUAUUUAUUAUAUGUACUAUAUCAUAAGAAAAAAAAUUGUACUAAUCAUGGAAAGUUCUUUUUUGGGUACAUUUUCCAUAAGCUUCACGCGGGGGAUAAAAGGGGUAGGAAGAUGAUGAGUUAUUGUGUGGUGUUCUUGAAGUUGUAUAGAUUUUUUUAAUUAUGUGUCAUGAUCAUGACCAAAAAUUUGGACCAUUUGACAUGUAGAGUUCGACUUUAUCUCUUCAUUGUUGUGAUAUUGCUUCUUAUUUUUUUUCUUUGUCAAAAUAAUGUUUUUUUUCUUUUAAUGGUAAUUAAUUAAGGUGACUAUUUAGAUAUUCAAUUGAA